AUGCAGGUUCCAGGAGGCUGUGGCCGUGGCGCAGAGGGCGGGCGUCCCCACGUGGUGGGGCUCCGUGCUGUGCUCCCGGUUCUGGUGCUGGUUCUGGGGCGCACGCUGCUCACCGCAGGUUUUCUGGAAGUGGAGAUGGCAGGGAAGACUCAGAUGGUUUUCCUGAAUGAAAAUGCGACUAUCUUUUGCAAGAUCCCUGGUUUCCCACACCUGGACAUCAACAGUAUGGGUAUCACCUGGUUUUGGAAGGCUCAGUUGUCUGAAAUAGAGAUCAAACUGUUUGAAUUUUUUGGAGACCACAAAGUGGCAUUCCGACCUGGAGCCAACGUGUCUCCAUGGAGGCUGAAGAGGGGGGAUGCCUCACUGCAGCUGCCUGGGGUCCAACUGUGGGAAGCAGGAGAGUACCGAUGUGAGUUGGUGGUCACUCCUCAGAAGGCACAGGGGAGAGUCUGGCUGGAGGUUGUAGCUCACCCAGUCAGUAGCUUGUUUCUGGAGCAAGCCGUGGUGAAAGAUAAUGAAGACAAACAUAUUUUGUGUAAGUCAAGUGGAUUCUACCCAGAGGAUAUUAACAUAACGUGGAAAAGGUGGACCCAGAAGGAUCCCCGGUUCCAGGAGAUUUCUGAGGACAUUAUCACUGGCCCCCCCAUCAAGAAUAAGGAUGGCACAUUUAAUAUCACUAGCUACUUGAGGCUGAAGCCCUCUCUGGAAGACAAUGCGACCAUCUACCAGUGUGUGGUAUGGCAUGUAUCCUCACUCAUGUGCCAGAGUUUCAACUUCACCCUGAUUCUGAUAGAAUCUGAGAAGAAAACUGAGUCAGUUUGUAGCCUGCUGGAGGGUGAGAGACACCGGAAUCAGAGCCUGCUAGAGGAUGAGAGACCCUGGAAGCUGGAGCUAUUUGCUCUAGUGGAGGCCAGUCUAGAUCAGAUGACAGCCACCGGACAUGUGUAA